CGGACCCGCAAGAUGGCGGCCGCGCCGGCGCCCAGCGCGCAGGCGCAGGGACAGCGAUCCCUGUGAGGGACGGUUCGCCGCGGACGGGCGGCCGCCAUGGGCAAGCGGGUGGCCCUCGUUCUCGCCGGCUGCGGCGUCUUCGACGGCAGCGAGAUUCACGAAGCCUCGGCGGCGCUGGUGCACCUCAGCCGCGGGGGCGCGGAGUCUUUUAAGAAACUGAGUGAUGUCUGGACUGGAAAUGCUUAUAAGGUGAAGAUAUUUGCCCCCAAUAUUGAGCAAAGGGAUGUAGUCAAUCACCUAAAAGGAAGUCCAACAGAAGAGAAGAGAAAUGUGUUAGUUGAAAGUGCCAGAUUGGCAAGAGGAAACAUUCAGGAUUUGUCCGAACUGAAAGCUAGUGAAUUCGAUGCGGUCAUUUUCCCUGGUGGUUUUGGUGUAGCAAAGAACCUGUGUUCCUGGGCUGUAGAUGGCAAGAACUGCACUGUCCAUGAGCAUGUGAACUCCACACUGCAAGCCUUCCACAGCGCUAAAAAGCCCAUUGGUUUGUGCUGUAUAUCGCCAGUCCUGGCAGCUAAAGUCUUUCCUGGUUGUGAGGUCACGGUUGGCCAAGAUAAAAACAUAGAUGGAAGAUUUCCUGAUGCUGAAACAGCAUCUGCUAUAGCAGAGCUUGGGUGUAAGCACAUUUGCAAAAAUGUAAAUGAAUCCCAUGUGGAUAAAGCCAAUAAAAUAGUUACUACCUGUGCUUUUAUGUGCAAGGCUCCUCUGCAUGAAAUCUUUGAUGGAAUUGGAACAAUGGUACAAGAAGUCCUGAAACUUGCGUGACUGGAAGCAUACAGACUUCUGCAAGGAAAUCAAUUUAGCUAAGCAUGAGCAUUUAGCUUUCUUUGAUUAUAUUAAUAAAAUAAUGCAACUACUAAA